GCACAUGUUUUAUUUUAAGGUCGCCGUUCAGUGAGGGGGAUCUUGUGGUAGUCAAAAAUAAACAUUUCACCAUUAACGAUAAGUCACCAAACUUUCCCGCAGCUCUCUGUAACUUAGAAACGCGUGAGGACAAAAUAAACACUUUACGCCUUGGAGAUAAUCUUGAAGAAACUUUUCUGCAACUCUUCAACAAGCCCAAAGGGGAAAGUCAAGGUUGGAGCUCCUAUUUCUGUGUGUUCAGUGGGAGGACGUACGGACAGUAUCCAUCCAUCCAUCCUUCAAGAGUCCAGCUCUCUCUUUCCUGGCACCUGCCAACAUGACGCGAAGGUCCUGCACGGUUUAUGUGGUCGGGAUCACCUGCGCCGUCCUGCUCGCGGUUGGGAUUGGCUUGGUUGUGGGGCAGGUGUUCCGCACAUUAAUGCACAAACGCCUGAAAAAGGAGAUCGUGUUGGUCGAGGGGAGCCGCGUGUUUGAGUCAUGGAAAAAACCUCCCCCUCCUGUCUACAUGCAGUAUUUCUUUUUCAAUGUGACCAACGUGAACGAGUUUCUUCAAGGGGCAAAGCCAAAGGUCAAUCAGAUUGGACCCUACACAUACAGGGAGUACAGGUAUAAGGACAACGUGACCAUGGUGGAAAAUGGCAGGAUGGUGGCUGCAUACAACACCAAAAGCUUUGUGUUCCUGAGGGAGAAGUCUGUGGGUGAUCCAGCUGUGGAUAGCAUCACCACUGUCAACAUCCCUGCCUGGGCCGUAAUGAACACGGUGAAAGGCAGCUUCUGGAGGGCCUCCAUGGUGUCGAUCUGGAUGAACUCCAUCGGGAGCGGUCUCUUCACUACACGCACUGUGGAUGAACUGCUUUGGGGCUAUGAAGACCCCCUGCUGGCUCGCGUUGCUGUCAGCAGUCCUGAAGUGGAGAAGGUCUUUGGCCUCAUGUACAAGAAAAAUGGAAGUAAUGACGGUGAAUUUAUCUACCACACUGGAGAGCAGAACUACAUGGAUUAUGGCCGGAUCGAAACAUGGCAAGGCCAAAGGCAGUUAACUUUCUGGAACUCUAACUACAGCAACAGCAUCGUUGGAUCAGAUGGAAGUGCUUUCCAUCCCCUGCUCAACAAGAAUGAACGCAUUUACAUCUUCACUCCAGACCUGUGCAGGACCAUCUACAUGGAGUUUGAGAAGGACGUCGAGGUGAAAGGUAUCCCGGCGUACCGCUUCACGCCACCUCCCUCUGUUCUGGCCAGCAAAGAGGAGAACCCAGACAAUGAGGGUUUCUGCGUGACCCCAAAGGAGUGCCUGGGAACUGGCGUCCUUAAAGUCAGCCCCUGUCGGAAAGGUGCCCCAGUGGUCGCCUCCUUUCCUCAUUUCUACCUGGCAGAUGGUAAAUAUGCUGCUGCCAUUGAAGGAAUGUCACCUGAACGGACACAUCACCAAACAUUUCUGGACCUUAACCCGACCACUGGCGUGAUUGUACGUGCACACAAAAGAGCACAAGUGAAUGUCUUGUUGCAAAGAGUCUCUGGAUUCCCGACCACCAGAACUCUGAAUGAAACAGUAUUUCCUGUCAUGUUCAUCAAUGAGAGUGUUGUGAUUGAUGAUGAGUCUGCAGCGAGAGUAAGGAAGCUGCUGCUGAUUAGCACUAUGGUGUCCAACUUCCCGCUCAUCAUUGUGGGACUGGGUGGUAUCAUGCUCAUAGUCUUGGUCAUCCUCCUGGCCAAGGCACGCAAACAGAAGAAUGAAGUUAAGCGCAUUGUGUUUACCAAGCCUCUUUAUGCUUCCUCUGCUGAAGACGACACCGCUUACUCUCCAGUUAAUGAUAAGGAGAAGGAAGAUCCCCAGAAUGGAACCUACAUUGAUCUGACACCUAAGGCCGAUGUGCAAGCUUGAGGACAAGCAAGGGGCUUUGUGAGGUGGGGUGGGGUGGGUCGUUGAGGGUUCAGGUGAGGGUUCAGAGGAUAUGUUUAGUAUCAGACCUUCUACACUUUAUGUUCUUAGGUUUACUUAUUGAGGGCUACAGUCUAUUCCCAGAAAAACAUGGUCUUGUUUGCUGUUGCUGAUAUAGUUAAAUUGCUGAAAACAGGCUGCAGUUGUCUAAUAAGCAGAGAUGAAGAGUGCGUUCUGCAGCAAGCAUCAAAACUGCCAAAAUUAAAAAGUCAUGCAAAAAUGGGUUUAUUAGUCUUAUCAAAUGCAUUGUAAAUUAAUGUCUUUGCUUCUGUAUUAUUUACCUUUGUACUGUGGCUCCAUCGUAGUGGUGUGAUUAAGGCCUCAGUCACUCUCAGGCCCAGAGACCGGUUGGCGACCCUCUGGCAACCUGCGUUCGCUAGGGGAAAGAUGUGUACCAGUUGGGGAAUGCUCAUGUUUCCUUUCCAUGGUUGCCAGCCAGUGUCUAGGCCUGUGUGACUGUGUCCUAUCACAUUUAGCUGGCACAUGAAAGGAGGCACAAACCCAGCCUCAGGAGGUCACGGGAUAGCGUAUUUCUAGUGCUGUUCUCAAACCAGGAGGGUGGCGCCAGGAAGGGCAUCUGGUCUGAAAUCUAUGCCAAAUCAAAUAUGCGGAUCCACUAUGGCGCCCCCUUUGGGAAUUAAGGGAGCAGCUGACAGUACCUAUAUUAUUUAUGUUUGUGAUAAUCUGCUUUCCCAUUAUCUACUUUUCCAUUGAAUUUAAUCUUUUUUAGCUAAGCUAAGAUUGGCUAAGCAACUCCAUUUUUAAAGCAAUUUCCUGACAUUUCUAUGUCCUUCCUUUUUGCCUAAUAAAGCAGAAAUACUUUAAAAAGAAAGAAGAAAGAAAGGAAAUGAUGAAAUAAAUUGAGAAGUGCAACAGGAGAAUAAAAACUAAGAAAAUUCAGUGGUAACGUAAAUAAAUGGGGGAGGUGAAUUCAGAGGCGAUUUAUGUCACAGUGCCUUCAAUUAUUUUGAUGCAUUUAAUAUAACAAUUCAUUGAAUUAUUUGUUUCUGUAUUUUUUUUUUUUAAUUUUGGCACUUGCAGUCCUCCAUACAUAAUAAUUCUCUAUCAUUAUCUGUGUGGUUAGACUGCUCUGUGUCGCUCUGGACUUUAGAUUUUAGGGAUUGACUACUUUAAGCCGACGCUGAGGUCAUUUGGAGAGUUGUGUGAUGAAAUCCAUAAACUGAGUUUUUAUUGUGGGUGUCAUAUUUCACUCGGGUGGAGGUGGGGGGGUUCUCUUCUUAGAUGCUGUCAAGCUUUAUUAAAGCAGGAGAAAGAAGCACAGCGUAGUGUAAGAAAAAUCAGCUCACUGUUACUAUGCCUCAUUUGAAUUCUAAAUUUAAUGUUACAAAAAAAUUUGUCACAGCUUAUUUUUUGUUCAUGCAUGGCAUGCAGAGAGGGGAUCUCUAACAACACCAGCAUACCUGAGAAAUCUUCAGAGUAUGGCAUUUGUUUGUAUAUACAUACAGUGUAAAAGGUGCUGAACAGCUUACAUUCCUCUCAGCGUAUGAUGGGGAUGCAUAUCAGACAAAACACUGUAUAUUUUGAAUAUUGUAAUUUGUAAAGUAAGGCAUACCUUGCUUUUUUUUUUUUUUUUGUAAAUGUGUCAUUAUAGAAAUGUUUGAAUGACGGACUUUUUAUGUAAGACCUUUAUAAAUGUUUAUAAAGCUCUAAAGCCCUGAGCAUGGCAGAAUUUUGUAGUUGAAACAGUAUUACACCCUGUAUAACUGUUUAUACUAGCUGACACAUUGAAAUGUCUUUUAAAUGCUGUAGUGGUGCCUUGAAAGGAUCAAAUUUACUGGCUUUAUAGUUCCUUUUAAAGAUUCUGUGUUGUGUGAAAAGAAUACCAUGCCAUAUCAACAAAUCUACUCUCAAGUGCUUUUUUUUUUUUUUUUCCAGCUGCCAAACAAAAAUUCAACAUGAAACUCUUCGAUAUUUCUAAUAUCUAACAGCAGGGUCAAACUGCACUUUGAAAACAUUGUGCAGGGUCACAGUUUUUUCACUCAGUGCUGGUGAUGAAAAUGUGUGGUUAUAAUGUGAUCUAGAAAAUGCUGCAGAGUUCCUCCAUUUAAACUGUGAUGAGCACAGCUUUUAUUACAGCUCUUGUAACCUUUUAAUGAAAGAGUUAAAUGCACUGCGAUAAUCUGAAAUCAAUAUAUCAGACGAUAGUGGACAGAUUUUUUUUUUCUUCUUUUGAUUUUAUUAAAUAUGUUUAACACUUAGCUGAAAUGAGGAGAAGUUAUUAAAUUUGAGAAAAUUUGCGCUUAAUGGAAGAGUUAUAAAUUCACAAGGGGAUGAAUGAAUGGAUGAGUUUAAAUUCUGUUGUAAAAACAAAACAAA